AUGUCUUAUGACCGCUAUUUGGCAAUUUGUAGACCUUUGCUUUAUGCUUCUGUUAUGAAUAGGAGAUUCUGUUUCCAGCUUAUGGCUGGGUCAGGGAUAAAUGGUUUGAUAGGUAAUAUUAUUCUAGCAGCUCUUCUGGCUCAGUUGUCCUUCUGUGGGCCUAAUGUCAUAGACCAUUACUUUUGUGACUUACAUCCACUGAUGAAGCUAUCCUGUAGUGACACACAUUUCUUUGAAAUCUUUGCUUUUUGUGGUGGCAUUAUUUUCACAGUUCCUCCAUUCCUGUUGACCAUCAUUUCCUACAUUUCUGUCAUUGCCACCAUCAUCAAGAUCAAGUCCACCAAUGGAAGGCAAAAAGCCUUUUCAACCUGCUCAUCUCAUCUCCUUGUGAUUUCUCUUUUUUAUGGCACAUUACUCAUUGUCUAUGCAUUGCCAGAAAGCCCCUCCCUGAGACAUCUCAAUAAAAUCUUCUCGAUUUUCUAUACAGCCAUGACUCCUUUGGUCAACCCUCUAAUCUAUACCUUAAGAAACAAAGACAUUCACAAAGCCCUAAGGCGGCUUUUUAAUAAAGUAAUCAUUUUUGGUAUGUGUCACUUGAAACUGUCCAUUUCUUUUUAA